AUGUUCAAAGUUGUUACAUUAUGUGAUGAUGAUAACCCCAUCUCUGGAGAAAACCUCACUCAUCCAAUUACCAUGAGCGUCGCAGAAGAAGAGAAACAACUUUCUGUUGCAUUUGUGUGCAGCGGGAACAUUUGUAGGUCGACCAUGGCUGAAGGGGUGUUUACCCAUAUGGUUAAACAACGAGGACUUGCUGAUCAUUUCCCCAAGAUUGAUUCAUUUGGCACCAACCGUUACCAUACUGGAGACUCUCCAGACCAUCGGACCACCAAGGUAUUGAAGAAGAACAAGAUUUCAUAUAGCCACCGGGCGCAAACCAUCAAGAAGACCGAUUUUGCCUGUUUUGAUUACUUGUUCGGCAUGGAUGGUUACCACGUUAGUAGUUUGAAUAGAAUGAAACCAAAGGACAGUGAUUGUAAAGUCAUGCUCUUUGGGCAAUACAACGAUAGAUCGAUCACCGGGCUCGAUGAUGAAGUCAGAGACCCGUGGUACGAUUCUGAUGAUGAAGGUUUUGAGGAGUGUUAUAAACAAGUCACCUAUUUCUCAAAGAAGUUUCUUGACGAACAGUUUGGGGCUUGA